AUGAACUGCACUCCCAACGCCACCCUCACGCCACAGCUGGGCCUCGCCCUGAGCCCGGGGGCCGGAGGCGGAGCGACCCAGGAGAGCGGAGGAGGAGGCGGCCUUUGGGUGACGUCCCUGCUCGGCGCCACGCUGAUGAUCAUGUGCGCCACGGGCGUGGCGGGCAACGCCUACACGCUCGCCGUCACCCGCUCGGCCGCGCUGCGCCGCACCGGCUCCAUGUACGUCUACAUCGUCAACCUGGCCCUGGCCGACCUGCUCUACCUCUCCACCAUCCCCUUCGUGGUCUGCACCUACUUCGCCCACGACUGGCUGUUCGGCGAGGCCGGCUGCCGCAUCCUGCUGAGCCUCGACCUCCUCACCAUGCACGCCAGCGUCUUCAUCCUGGUGGCCAUGAGCCUGGAGCGCUACCGCGCCGUGGCGAGGCCCUUCAGCGCACACCGGUCCUCGUCCCGCAGGCGGCGGCUGGCGGCGGGGAUCAUCUGGGGGUUGUCCUUCGUGCUGACGCUCCCCAUGAUGGUGAUGAUCCGACUCAGCGAGGGCAAACCCAGCGCGGCCGGUUUGGUGAAGAGGAUCUGCUUCCCCACCUGGACCCCCGAGGCCUUCAAGGCCUACAUCACCGUGCUGUUCCUCACGAGCGUCCUGGUUCCCGGUCUGGUGAUCGUGGGUCUGUACGCGGGGCUGGCCGGCCGCUACUGGGCGGUGCAGGCCAGCCUGGGAGGGAGCAGCCGGUCCGUCCGGAGGAGAGGACUCAAGCAGAAGGUGGUGUCCAUGAUCUUCUGCAUCGUGGUGGCCUACUGGGCUUGCUUCCUGCCCUUCUGGGGCUGGCAGCUGGCCAAGCUCUUCUCUCCGGAGUCCCUGAAGUCCUUCUCUCCGGCCGCGCACAACUACGUGAACUUCUUUGUGACGUGCCUGACGUACGGGAACAGCUGCAUCAACCCGUUCCUCUACACGCUCCUGACCCGGAACUAUAAGGACUACUUGGCCCAGAAGGGUCAGUCGGUGGGCUCCAGCAGGGCCGACCCCGUGUCGGCCGCCACGACGCCGCUGCAGGAGCUUUAG